GAGCUGACUGGCUCUUUUCCGCCAUCUUGUAAUUGCCAUUAGUUUGAUUUCUGCGGAAUUCGAUGUGUAUUGGUGCCGGUUUUGAUUGAAGGUUGUUAGUCGUGGGGCGUUUGGUUUAUGAUUAAGCGGGGUUCAAACACCCCUCAAUUGUUCUUCUGUACAUAAUCACUUUCCCAAAAUGUCGGGACAAACUUUAAAUGACAGAUUAACUGCUGCAAGGCAUGCUCUUGCUGGUCAAGGGCUCGCCAGGAUAGUCUGUAAGGCUACUACUGAAGAAGUUAUAGGACCAAAAAAGAAGCAUUUAGACUAUCUGCUGCACUGUACGAAUGAGCCAAAUGUAUCUAUUCCACAACUAGCAAAUUUACUAAUUGAGAGGACUCAAAACGCAAGCUGGGUCGUUGUAUUCAAAGCUCUCAUCACAGUUCAUCAUCUCAUGUGCUAUGGUAAUGAGAGAUUUACACAGUACCUUGCAUCGUCAAAUUGUACUUUUCAGCUUGGAUGUUUUUUGGACAAAGUUGGAGUUCAGUCUUAUGAUAUGUCUACUUUUAUCAGAAGGUAUGCAAAAUAUCUGAAUGAAAAAGCAGUCUCCUACAGAACUGUUGCAUUUGAUUUCUGCAAAUGCAAGAGAGGGAAGGAAGAUGGCAUUCUAAGGCAAAUGAACACAGAACAACUUUUGAAAACUCUCCCUGCAUUGCAAGCACAAUUGGAUUCACUAUUGGAAUUUGAUUGUUCUACAAAUGAUCUCUGCAAUGGAGUUGUAAAUUCUUGCUUCAUGUUGCUCUUUAGGGAUCUUGUGAGGCUGUUUGCCUGUUACAAUGAUGGAAUAAUUAAUCUAUUAGGAAAGUAUUUUGACAUGAAUAAAAAACAUGCCAGAGAUGCAUUAGAUAUUUAUAAGAAAUUCCUAAUAAGGAUGGAUAGGGUGGCAGAAUUUCUAAAAGUGGCUGAGAAUAUUGGAAUUGACAAAGGUGAUAUACCAGAUUUGACCAAGUUGGCACAACGCUUUGGAAAUCUCCCUAUCUUUAGUUCUACACAUGCUCCAAGCAGUUUACUUGAAGCUCUGGAACAACAUCUGGCUACUCUGGAAGGAAGAAAAGGUUCCACAUCUGCUGCGUCUGCUGCUGCAAGAGCGACCACGUUUCAAAAUGCUGUUAAUGCUUUGUCCAAUACGAGCAUUGCCUUCUGUAGUGCCGGUGAGAACUCUCCCCAGCAAGAAAUGAAUGGAGUCAAGGUUGAUGAAUCUGCCCGGAAGGCUGUCGAGGAGGAAGCCGAAGUUAUGAAUCAGCUGAAGUUUGACAAUGACUCUCCUCUUCUUUGGGAACAACCUGCGUGGGAGGAUUCGGAACGACGUUUAAAAGAAAUGAGUGCCUCAACUGACUUAAAAUCUCCGACGUCUGCUGCAGCAGCCAAGACAAAUCCAUUUUUGUCCUCUCCCUCUGAACCUCCUGUGGGUGGUACAACUCCUGUGGCCAAUCAAAAAAUCUUAGACUUAUUUAAUACUUCCUCUACUGACACAAUGCAUGUCAAUGAUUCUCCUGCAAUGCCAAGUGACGACCUCCUUGGUUUGAAUAAUAUGAGCGGAAACCCUUUCGCUGACAGCCUCUUUGGUGGAGGAGGGGGAGGAAGCAGUGGGGGUGGUCAACUGACACCACAGUCUCAACCUCAAGACACCAAUUUUGCAACUUUCACAAAUGGAUUUGGAUCUGCUGAUGCUUUUGCGUCCGAUGCCAAUUUUGCUGCUGCAUUUGGAGAUAGCCCGAGUACUGCUUACCCAGAACCGAUUAGUGCUGAUGUGUCACCAGCUUACCCAGAACCGAUAAGUGAUAAUGAUAAUGCUGAUGUGUCACCAGCUGUAGAGAAAAGCACUACAAAACUAAGUCUUCCUGUCAUGGAGCCUUUUGGGGGUCGCUCCACCUCUCCUUCUCCUACCACAGAACUAAUGCGGGGUGCCGGUACCACUCCCAUACUAGCCAAUGUGCCAGAGGGAGGCUUUGGGGAAGCAGUAGAAACUGCCGAAGAAGCAACUGUCCCUGUCACAUCGGCUGCAAGUCAUGAGGCAACUUCAGACGCAUGGGGUAGUGUUACAUCCUCUGCAAUCACCACAACAACUACAACCGCAGUUGACGAUUUCUUCGGAACUUCUUUUGAACCUUUACCAGCUGCUACCACUGUACCAACAGCUGUUGUGACUCCUUUAACUGUUCAACCUCAAACAGCUGCUGCUCCCGAAAAGGACUUGUUUGGUUUCGAGAGCAAUGAAAUAAAUUAUUUAAACGAUCAAGCACCUCUGUCUGCACAGCCUGUUGCUCCUCCGCCAUCCCCUUUCGGAGGUCUAGACAUCGGCUUGACGUCUGUCGGACCGACGUCCGACUUACGGGCACAAGCUAUUGCUAAUGCUGUUGGAGUUGCAUUGCCUAUGCCAGCCCAGCCAAAACCCCUCAGCUCUACAAGUGGACUGGAAGAUUUGAAUUUUGCCAUCCACCAGGCAAUGCAGCCAAAACAAUCGCCCGUUUUAGCAGCUUCUCCGACUAUGAUUCCCUCGUUUCCUGGGCCUAGACCAGGUAUGGUCGGGCAACCGAUAUCUCCUGCUUUUGCACCUGGUCUUCCCUUUGGCAGUGCCACCCCACCUCCUGCCUCUCUGACACGGCUCGAUAACGCUGCCGGCACCCCCACCGGCAGAGCAUCUUCUACUCCUGGAUAUGGAACACCCCCAUCCGGAAUGAGUUCUCCCGCAAAAUCUGUUACAGGAUUUGGAGCUGCUAUGCCAGGUGGAUUUGAUGCAUUUGGAGACACGCUUCAACCCCAAGCACAAAUAGCAAAGCAGCAACCUGUUUCCGAAAAAACAUCUGGAUCAAGCAUAUUAAAAGGCGAUCUGGAUUCAACACUUGCAAGUUUAGCUUCCAAUCUUGAUAUUAAUGGUCCCAAGCAAGCCAUCAAGAAAAGCAGUGGUCAUCAAUGGGGCUCACCAAAACCUCCAGUUAAAACCACAGGUCCUACUGGUCAGUGGACUGCACCAGCCUCUGUUGUACCUGUACCUCCUGGUAAUGUAGGAUGGUCUGCCUCUCCUCAACAUGGGUUCCCUCAAAUGACCCAAAAUCCACUAUCUGGAGGUCAAUGGAGUGGAGGUGCAUUUCCUCAACAGCCUGCUGUACCUGGUGUCUUUCAGCAACCUUAUAUGCAUAUAUAUAUGGCAGGGGGUGUGCGCCCUGUUGGGCAGCCUGCAUAUGGUAGUGGAUUUGUCCCUCAGGUGCCUCUUAUGCCAACUGCAACCUCUGGGUUGCCCACACAAACAACAUCUGUUAAUGACCCCUUUGGUGCACUCUGAAAAGAUUUAAAAAAAAGGGACUUUACUGGACGUUAAAACGUAAUCUGGAUUUGCUAAAGAGCUUCGGCUUACAAAUGAAUCAUUGCCUUUAUUUCUUUAGCGUUUACCAGUUGAUAAAAAAAAGAAUGUGAUGAAUUUAUCUUGUAAAAUAUGAUUUGUUGCAUUGUAUUUGUAGCUAUUAUAAAUGUCUUUGUUUAUCAAUGUUAGACAUCUCCCCUUAAUUAUACAUAAAUAUAUUAUAUAUAUAUAAAUAUACCUGUGAAUAUACACUAUUUUGUUCCUAAUGUGUAUAGCUGCUGGCAGUCUCGUAUUUUUCUGACGUCAGGAAAGUGGUCGAUGAUCUCUUUUGUUUUAAAACAUUUUUUAUUUUAUUUUCUAUUGAAUUAUUUUACUAAACUUAGAAGUAUACGAAUAGGAAGAAAUACUCCCAUUUAAAUAGCAGCAUUCAUCAAAUUAAAUUUUAUGUGUUCAAACUGUAGGUGAUAUCACUAAAAGUACAUUGUUGAGCAAUCAGAACCGUGUAUACCAAAUUAAAAUACACGGUUUAUCAAUCAAAACUGUAAGUAUAAUACCAAAAGAACAUUUCGAUAUUGUUUACCAAUAAAGGAGUUUUAAAAGUCAAGAAUGUUUCCAAACGAAACAAUUUUGCCUUUUUAAAUACUUUGGUCACCCCCAUAUAAUUGUGUACUCUUUAGGGAUUCUUAUUGUGUAGUUAUUAUUGUGUAUCCUGCAUUUAAUUAGGAUAUCUUCCUAUUCGUGUAUGAUGGCGUGUAAGAUAAAUAUAAAUUUAGAUCUAACAUUGUAUUAUCCAGAUGUUCCAAAUCAUAACUAAAGUAUAUCUAUAAAUGAAAAUGUCGUUGUUGCAUGAGAAGUUAUCUCUCUUUCACUCUAUUGUUUUUUUUUUAUUGUUGGCUGUGUAAUAUACUUUAAUUCAAAAUGAAUAAAAGAAAAGUUUUUGUUGUUAAAAUGUACAAUUGACAGUUUUGUUUUAAAUUGAAAAUCUUUUUUUUUUAUUGUUAACUUUACAUCGAUGCCUGUUGCGAUGUUCUUUGUUUUAUGUUGCCAAAUUAUUGUUCAGUCCUUAAAGAUAUUUUUGUUAAAUCUUGCAUCUCCCUGAAAGUUCUGUGUCUUCUAAUAGAAUAUUAAAAACACUUGAGAAAGCACCAGGUGGGUACAUAAUAAAUUAUUUAAAAGUUGA